AUGGCCGACGAGGAUCAUCAACACCACGAUUUUACAGAAGCUGGAUCCGGUGCCUCAGCCACCUAUCCCAUUCAAUGUUCUGCCCUCAGAAAGAACGGUUAUGUUCUGCUUAAGGGUAGACCGUGCAAGAUCGUCGAAAUGACCACAAGUAAGACCGGUAAACACGGGCACGCGAAAGUUCACCUUGUCGGUCUCGAUAUUUUCACCGGGAAAAAGCUCGAAGAUAUUUCUCCUUCUACUCAUAAUAUGGACGUCCCUAAUGUCAAUCGUAAUGAAUACCAAGUCUUGAAUAUUGAUGAUGGGUUCUUGAGUUUAAUGACAAACGACGGUAGUACCAAGGAUGACGUUCGUGUUCCAGAAGGAGAACUUGGUGAAAAGAUCCAAUCUGAUUUUGAUGAUGGUAAAGAGCUUUUGGUCACCAUUAUUAGCGCGAUGGGAGAGGAAGCUGCUAUUUCCUAUAAAGAAGCUCCUAAAUCUUAA